UUUUUUUUAAAGUGUGGCAAUGGAGCCGAGCUGGAGUACCUUCUUGUUUCAGCAAGCCAAUGACGCACUGCACCAUCAGCACCAGGUGGGCCCGAACAGCCUGCUGCCGCUGCUGAAUGCCGGCACCGAGCCGCAGGACCAGAAGCCCAUCAUGCCCAUCCCGCUCGAUCAGAAGCCCCCAGUGAGCACCGCCGACCUCCUUAAGGACAGCAUGGGCAGCGGGACGGGCGGAGGAGGGGGCGGAGGCGGCCAUGGUGGCGGAGGAGGCGGCGGUAUCGGAGCACCAAUGCCCAUAGUGAAGAAGGAACCCAAAAGCAAAACGCCGUUUAUCUGCGGCUACUGCAACAAGGCCUUCCGAGACAGCUACCAUUUGCGACGGCACGAGUCGUGUCACACCGGCGUCAAGAUGGUGUCGCGACCUAAAAAGACGGCGCAGACGACGGCGCCCACCAUGGUGCCGCUGCUCUCGAGCAUGACGCGAGAAAACAACGCUAACCCCUCUUACAUCCUCACUACGGCCGCGACCUCAGCCUCGGGCGCCAUGGUUCCGACCUCCACGGUUGCCGUCUGCCAGCCGAGUGUGCCCAAGAAGCCGGCCAAGCCUGUGAAGAAGAACCACGGGUGCGAGAUGUGCGGCAAAGCCUUCCGUGAUGUCUACCACCUGAACAGACACAAGUUGUCCCACUCGGACGAGAAGCCGUUCGAGUGCCCGAUCUGCCAGCAACGAUUCAAGAGGAAAGACCGCAUGACGUACCACGUACGCUCGCACGAUGGCGGCGUGCACAAGCCCUACGUCUGCUCCGUCUGCGGGAAGGGCUUCUCCAGGCCUGAUCAUCUCAGCUGCCAUGUCAAACAUGUGCAUUCCUCCGAGAGACCAUUUAAAUGCCAAGUAACGGCUUGCACAUCGGCCUUCGCCACCAAAGACAGACUGCGCUCUCACAUGAUUCGGCACGAGGGCAAGGUCACGUGCAACAUCUGCGGCAAGAUGCUCAGCGCCGCCUACAUCACCAGCCACUUAAAGACGCACGGCCAGACCAACUUCAACAACUCCUGCAACAAAGGGGACUGGCAGUGGAACUCCUCAGGGAUGCAUAAAGACAACAUCGAGGUGUGCCACUCGGGCACGGCCACGCCCGUCACGGUCUCCACUCCCGCCACUACACCGAUGAGCCGCGCCAACGCCAGCACGUCUGUGACCAUCGGCGGUCAGAUGAACCUGAGCACCACGGUAAACACUGUGAACAUCACGUCGGCACAGAUGAGCUUGCAGCACCCGGUGACCAUCACGGGCCCGGUUAACAUCGCCUCGGUGAACAUCCCAGCCACCGCGUCGCCCAUGAACAUCGCCCACCCGGUGGCCAUCACCACACCCAUGUCCAUGAACAUCGCCGGGCCGCUCAACAUCGCCAUGCGGCCCAUGGAGAGCAUGUCCUUCCUCUCGCAGGUCCUGCCCUCCUCACCUCCGUGGUGAAGCGCACCCGAGCUGAUCUUGACCUGAUUCUCCUAGCCAGCUGACUCCGCCCCCCAAACCCCUUCCCCCUUCCCCCAACCCCCCUUCCCCCUUCCCCAGCCAAUGAGUGUUUACUCUUGCGGCGCGGUCGUACACCCGCGCCACAAGCAGCGCUGCAACGACGACGGAGUUUUAUAGAGUUUUUGUGAAGGAUUUCUUACCUAGAUUUGAUUCGUUCAUGGUUUGACGAACUAAAGGACGAAUAUUUAGCGACACUGAGCACGCAGACCUCACUGAGGUUCUUCAAGGACAAAUGCAAUAAGUGCUGAUUUUUAUAUAUAUAUAAAAAUUUUCCUUCCCAGAACAUUGGGAUUUCUUUUUACGUUGUUUAGCUGUAGCCUGCUAAUCAGUAUUUAAUUUUUUUUAUUUUAUUAUUAUUAUUAUUAUUAUUAUCAUUAUUUUUCUAGGAAAGGAGCUCUAAAGGGGUAAAGGCUUUUACUGAGAGGGAGGUUUUUAAAUGUUUUACAGAUAAAGGUGGCUGAUUUUAUGAUUCGAGGUACAGUAACUGUAUUUUAUUGUACAGUUGCCUAUGCUGGUGUUUUUGCAUUUUAAACGUCUACAAUCGUCAACGUUUUUUUUUUUUUUUGGUUUCUCUGUCUGUUUUUCCCCUCUUCGGCUGCGGUGUUCAGACACUGACUCAUGACUGUUAUUUUCUUCAUGCUCUGUUUAUUAAGGACGGCUGGAGUGUGCUUUGUUUACUUGAUCGGCAACCGUUAGGAUUCAGUUUAAAAAAAAAAAAAAAAAAAAAAAAAAAAAAUUUACUAUAAUAAUUAAUAAAUAAAUAAAAGAGAGGAAAGAUUCUUGCACUGAAAGCAUUUCCCUUGUGUACAACAACAGUAUUAUGAAAGAUCAAGCCUGUUUCGGGGAACCAGCCUGGACCGAACCGGGUCGUCUAGUGACUGGCGAAAGCUGCACCUCAAAAGUUCAGUUUGAUUUGGACUGGAUUCCUGUCGGAAGACUAGUAGGUAGUGUUUUAUACCCUUGUUUUGUUUUUAAUCUUACCAUGAACUUUUAUUCUUAUUCUUUUUUUUUCUUUAUAUAAACAGGGGCCCUGUUAGGAGGAAUUUUCUGCUCAGGAAACCCAGUAAACUACUUUUAUAUUUUAUUUUAAUAUUAAUAUCCUGAAAUCUCGUUCUUAUUUUGUAAAUAUUUAUUUCUCCGUGCGCCCUUUUUCACUCGUGAUGGUUGGGGGGGGCGGGACUGAACAACAGUUCUCACCGUCCAUUUUUAUUGGAACGCUUCCGUCUUGGUCCUUAAUGCGAAAUCGGACUCCCUUGCUUUGCCUCGUGCACACGUGCGGGUUUUAAGCACGCCCUCACUGACUUUCCGUCAAGAUUUAGACGUGCAUGUCUCUCGAGUGGCCGCUUGCAGCGAAAGCGACGUCGUUAAAGCGAUUUCCUUUAUACCGCCUGCAAGAUUCUGCUGGAUUCCUAAUGGACUACUAUGCUACUCAGACAAGCCUAGGUACUCUAGUUUUGUCUUUAAACGUGACCGACGGCCGAGUUUCUGAGGAAGACGCUGUUAACUGCUAUGGCAAACGGCCAGCGCUUAAUCACUACUGACUGCUUCAAAAAUAAAUAAAUAAAUAAAUAAAUAAAUCCGUUUAUAAACGCAUGAACUUGCUUCAGUCCAUCGACGACAUCUUGCUCCGAAAAGCUUGGUGUCCUGGUUUUCGAAAACACAUCUUCUCAUCUACAGGGAAGUGCAGAUAGCCAAUCAGAUUGCAAGCUUUAUAAACUGUGGGCGGAGCAUCUAAGACUAAAGCUUGGUGUUCGCAGAGUAGUAGUAAUGAAUUUCCGUCAUCGUCUUUGUGUACAGAUGAAGAGAGUGUCUGAAUUACCACGCGAAUGUGGUAUCUUUUGUUGGUCACGUUGACAUUCCUCGGCAGCGUCGUCCGUGAAAUCGCGUCCGAUCGCCAGUCCCUCCGGGAUUUCUCCUCAUCUUGCUAUCGCAGAAAUGAUAUAAUUAAAAUAUUAAAAUGAUCACAGAUUUUCCGCGGGUCCGGGCCGAGACGCGUCACGUGACGUCGUUGCAGCACGCGUUCGGCUCAAGCACCUCUUCGGAUCACGUGCGUCGAAACGUGAGUACAUCUAAAAGAUCUCGUCGACCAACAAACAUCACUGCGGACGAUAAUUUCGCCAAUUCGAGUUGUUUUCCGUGAUUAAAAGCACAAAAAAAACCCCUCCACGAAUUGCAUCACAAAUGUUUGGGCGCGACGUUUAUUAACUCUGCGAGAUCCCGUACGGACUGGAUCGCGAUACCGGCUAGUCCUGAAAUCAACAGGCAACGUUCAGCUAGCUUCCACGAACAGUAUGUAAUUGCAGAGUACGCGAAUGUCGUGCGGAGGCUUUGUUUGCCGUGUCGUGAACGUGGUAGCUAGGCAACACUCUUCGCCCUCGAGCCAGUGAUUUUCUUUGUUACAGACAAACCAAUUCAUUCCAAGAUGGAUGACUACGAGUCACGGCGAUCUUGUUCGUGUGGUCGUUGAAAUUGAACGGCGCCACCUGCAGUACUGGAGCACUCGUAGUUGACGUACGCAUGCAAGCACAUGAAGGUGAUUUUCAUCUCUGCAUUAAGUAUGCUGAGGCCUCUAAGGUGACUUGAGCUCUCGGCUCUCCAAGCCGUCUGGAUCGAGAUGGCCUUCUUAAGAUAGCGAUUGAGUUUGCGUUAAGGCGGAAGGGUAAAGGGAAGUCAACAAUUGCAGGGCGUGUUUACAAACUGGAUGCAGGUUAGGGCAAACCUGUUUUGUUUUUUCUUUUUUUCUUUCUCAGAAUCGGAGGAUUUUAACUCGGCCAGAUUCUUACCUGUAUGUCACUACUCAAACACGCUUUCUUAGAGACGAGUCCAGAAGGACGCGUCCGCUGUUGGUCACUACAAGGGUUCGGAGCCCUGCCAAUGUGAGUCUAGGUACACUGUGUGAACCACUAUUGGUGCACAGCUUCGUGAUAGUAUUUUGUGUUUUUAUUUUUAUAUCUGAAUGAUUCUGCAACUCGCACCAUGUCACUAAAAUGUGGACUUCGAGAGAGUGGUUAAGAGACGACACUAAUUUAGGGGCUUUCUUUCGUAGGUUUUUGGUCGGUCGUUUCAGGCAUGUGCCGAUGAAUCGGUUUCUCGAUACGAUAUACUGCAAUAAUCACACGCGCGAUAUUCCUAUCGUUAUUGUGGACACGUCACAAAAUGAUCCGCACAGGAUCCACGAUUUUAUAGGCAGCAUCUUUUGGUGUAAAGUUUACAAAAACAAGUUCUCUGCCUUAAUUAAUUGCUGUGAACUCUAGUAAAGGCUUGUUCAAAUUGAAUACCGGCACAUGCCUACGUAGUCCUGUAGUGGGCGCUGAUAUCAAACGCAUUCGGUGUCCAUGUUGGGUGAGGAAUUACGUUCCCUCAUCACAAUAAUAAAAAACAAACGGAUUAAACACAUGUAUGUGAGGGUUUUGUUUGUUUUUGUUUUUUUACCUUUGGUUUCGAAGGGACUGUUGGUGUUGCUUUUCUGUUUGCUUGGUUUUUUUUUUUUUUUCCUCCACAGAUCUCGAUUGUUGCCUCAUUUAUUUGCCAGGUUCACACCGGUUUCGAGCGAGCUCUGAUCUGAUCGGUAUGAAUGGAGUCGUACUUCACUCUUCAGUUUGCUGAGCGAUUUUGGGGAAACCCCUGUGAAGGCAGUUGAAUGUAUAUCUUUGUACAAAACACGGUUUAGCUCUGAGGACGUGGUAGUUACCGUACGAAUAGACACGCAAGCGACAGAGAUGCGAGAUAACCUUUUUAUAAGAACCUUUUUAUUAGAACAUUAACAACAGUACAAUUUUUUUUUUGUUUGUGUAUAUAUAUGAAGACUAGGCUUUCUGAUUAGCGGAAAGGGAAAACAUUCCUACAUUUUUUAAAAAAUGUAUGUUUGUCAAAGAAUUAUGUAAACAUGCGCAAUGUUUUAUGUGCCUUUUAUUUGGGUUGUCUAAAUAAAAGAAAACUGUAAAACAUGAUUGUUUGUUUGUUUGUUUGUUUGUUUGUGAGUCAGUCUUCCAAAUAAAGUUACGUGAAGCCGUAGUACAUCCUGGAUAGGGCACCACUUCCAAGACACACCUUCACAUUCACAGCUGGGAUAUUUUUAGCAUCGCUAAUCCAACUACUUUUUGGGAAGUGGGAGGAAACCGGAGAACCCAGAGGAAAACCAACAUAUGGGAGAAACGCAACACGGACAGUGACGUGAGCUCGGGAUCGAAGCGGGACGCUGCUGCACCACUGAAAACAGCUUUCACGACCUAAAAAAAAAUACUGACGAGGAUUUAAAAAAAAAAAAAAAAAGUUUUAAAUUCAAAAAAGAAACAUUAUUUAGGUAAAUGGUGAAAAAAUCAGGCAGUAAUAAAUGGAAAAAAAAAAUGCAACCAUGGAGAUGUUUAGAUUCUUAUUGUGUUAGUAUCGUUAUAAUAA